CUGCCUCUGUCGCACACCUUUCUCACAUGACGUAGGACCAUGGCGCUGUUGGGGAAUGUCGGUGUUUGACUCUAUAAAGUCUUGAUAAAUGUAACGUUAAAUCUUUGUCAUACUGUAAUGUCAGUUAAAUUUGUAAAUAGAGACAUGAUUGGUCAGGAAAGGUAUUGAGACUUUCGGUUUUCUUUUGAAUGGACGAUAUAACGGGAAGGCGAAUUGAGCUUACGAUAUAGCCAACAUUAGCUAGCUAUCCCUCCAGGCUAACAACGUCGUGAGCUAGCAAGCUAAGGCUAACGCCGAAUCAGACGUGGGAAAUGCCUAAAUCACUGGCUCGCAAUGCAGACGUCUUUAUCUGUCCUACAGUAAAUUAGUUGAAAAAUACAUAGCUAGCUAAUUGUGGCAAGAUCUAUGUUUGCACACGACAAACUGAACUGGCUAGCUUCUUAAACGCAGGAUGAUGGAAAACUGUCAUGGAUUUUAUCUGCUGCUGGCGGUUGGGAUUCCACAGUUGGCAUUGGUAACGUUAGUCGAAGGUGCACCGCUUCCUUCAGAUGCAGGCUUCACAGCAGAGGAGAGGCUCCCCCUGCUGGGACUCUCGCUGGCCGUGUCUGUGGCUUCGCUCCUCGCUCUGCUCCUCCUGCUCCUCAACUGCACCUCCUGCUGCAAGGAGCAGGACAUCAACUUUGAGGAGUUCGACGAUAACUUUCCGGAUGAGGUCGACUUCACGCCCCCUGCGGAGGACACGCCCUCCUUGCAGCCCAACACCGAGGUGUACACGCUGGCCGUGCCCCCCCUUGCCCUGCCAGGACCCCCCCGCCUGGACCCCCCUGCAAGCGCAGGGGUCAGAGAGGGGUCCUCUACCCCCCAGGUGACCAGACAGAGUCUGAGCUACAUCCAGGAAAUCGGAACUGGCUGGUUCGGCAAGGUGCUGCUGAGCGAGAUGUUCUCGGAGCAGGAGCUGGGGGCCUCCCGGGUGCUGGUCCAGGAGCUGAAGGCCAGCGCCGACUCCCCCGAGCAGAGCCGCUUCCUGCAGCAGGCCGAGCCCUACCGGGUUCUGCAGCACCCCAACAUCGUGCACUGCCUGGGUCAGUGUGUGGACUCCAUCCCGUUCCUUCUGGUGUUUGAGCACUGUGAGCUGGGGGACCUGAAAGGCUGUCUCAGGCAGCAGGACUGGAUGCUGCACAACAUCGAGCUGCUGCAGCUGCAGAAGAUGGCCUGUGAGAUUGCUGCCGGAAUCACACACCUGCACAAACACAACUUCCUGCACAGUGACCUGGCUCUGCGGAACUGCUUCCUGACCUCUGACCUGACCGUUAAAGUCGGCGACUACGGGACUGGCCCGUCUCGGUACAAGGAUGAUUACAUCACCACGGAGGCGGAGCCGAUGGUGCCUCUGCGCUGGACGGCUCCUGAGCUGCUUAGUGAGCUGCACGGGGGCGUGGGGGGCGUGGUCAUGGAAGAACAGACCAAGCCCGGCAACGUGUGGGCCCUGGGGGUGACGCUGUGGGAGCUCUUAGAGAGUGCAGCCCAGCCGUACUCCCAGCUGUCGGACCAGGAGGUUCUGACCCACGUUAUUAAAGAGCAGCACGUCAGACUGUCCAAACCACAGCUGGACCUGCCUUACGCUGACCGAUGGUACGAGGCUCUGCAGUUCUGCUGGCUGCCACAGGAUAAGCGCGCCACAGCGGAGGAGGUGCACAGGCUCCUGACGUACCUGCGCAUGCAGGGCCAGCGGCAGGCCGAGGAGGACUUCCAGCAGCGCUGGGACGCCCUGCGGCCCCGCCCCGCCCAGGGCCACGCCUCCUUCCCCAUCCUGGACCGCUUCAGCGAGCCGGACGAGCUGCUGACCGUCACCGAGACCAGCCGCGGCCUCAGCUUCGAGUACGUGUGGGAGGCGGCCCGGCACGACCCCGCCACCCUCAACCACCACAGCGUGUUCUUCCCCGCCGCGUGCUACGAGGCCCCGCCCCCGUCCGAGCCCGCCCACGGGGCGCUGUCCGUCUUCGACGCCCACCAGGCGGGCUCCGGGAAGGAGUACUACAUCCAGCUGGAGGAGCAGGAGCCGGGUGCCGGGGAGGGCGACCCCCAAAGCGGCCAGGCGGGAGGGGGACCCCUGCAGCAGAACGUGAUCCUGCAGGACACCGGUCUGGACGAGUCGGGGACGGACCCUGACUUCUUCCACCGCAGCCUGGACUCCAGGGACUCCAACCCGGCCAGUCAGCCGGAGAGCCCGUACCGCGCCCACAUCUUCAGCGAUAGCGGUGGUUCCGCCCCGGACCGCCCCUGGGCGAGCGGCCUGCUGGAGCUGCCCGAGUUCAGCACCGGCAGUCUCCAGAGGGGGGCGCCACUAGCGGAGGCUGGGAUGGGGAACAGCUCAUCUUUCAGGGGUGUUAUGGAUCUGAGGCUCUUAGGGGAAGCUGAGGGACAGGACACGGCUGGAGGACAUCUCCUAGACUUGCCGAAUCUGUCUGAUGACUUCCUGUUCCCUCAGGCGGGGAAUCUGGCGAGGGAAGGUGGGAAUUGGGCUCCGCGGAAGGACACCCCGGUGGCUGAUUCGGACUGCGUUUCCGACCCCGACCUCAGGGUCAUUUCCAUGGAGUACUCUGAGGUCGCGACCUCUGACGAGGUGGAGUCCGCCUCCGACCCCGCCCUCGCCAGGGUAGAGCCUCCGAACUUCCCGACGCCGCUCCUGCUGCCUUCGAUGAAGACCGAAACCCUGGUGCCUUCAGGAAUGCCAGACGCUGGGGGAGAUAAUCCCAGCAGCCUCUUCUCCAAUAGAACCUCCUCCCCAGACGUGGAAUGCACUCUGCUGAACUCCUCUGAACUCGGGACCGACCUGGUCCUCCACCCUACCUCCCAGCACCUGGAGGACACUGCCUGGCCAGUCAGUAACCAUCAGCCCCCACUGCUGAGCCCAUGUGCUAACACAGACACUUUGUGCGAUGAUGCCAAAAAUCUGGAUGAUUGGUCUGUGGUGACACAACGCCCAACAGAGCAGUGUAGCCUCUCCCCUCCUUCCGCUCAUGCCAGUGAAGCCUCUUCAGAUGUUGACCAUGCCCUCGUGGAUGAGACCAUUUCAGAUUGUGGCCUUACAGAUAGAAUUGCUUCAGAUCAGAUCGCAGAUGACUCCUCUUUGGAACACAGCCUCGUGGAUAAGAACGUUGCAGACCUGAUGGGUUCUGUGCAUGAGACCGCUUCAGACUGUGGCCUUACGGACGGAAUUGCUUCAGAUCAGAUUGAUCUUGGGGAUGGCUCCGCUUUGGAACACAGCCGCGUGGAUAAGAACGUUGCAGACCUGAUGGGUUCUGUGCAUGAGACCGCUUCAGACUGUGGCCUUAAGGACGGAACUCUCUCAGACCCAUCAGGUAUUAGGGAUGGAACUGGUUCAGGCAGUGGCCUUAUGGAUGAGGCCAUUUCAGACCAUGCUUCGAACCAGAUGGGUCUUAGGGAGGAGGCUUCUUCAGAUCAUGGCCCUACAGACAGAACCGUUUCAGACCAGGGUCUUAAGGAUGAGAAUGAUACAGGUCAGAGGAGCCUUGUGGAUGACAGCACUUCAGCCUCUAGUCUUAGAGAAGAGUUCCUCAGCAUAGACCUGGUGGGACUUUCAGUUACAGACUCCAAGCUGCAGGAAGCCACUGAUGGUGAGCACCCUUCCAGUCUCCCUGAAGACCCUCCCACUCAGGACAGAACCCCCCCGGCAUUGAUUCCCGACCCCCUCCUGGAGCAGACAGGCCAGGAGGCCCUCCCUGAUGACCGUGGCUUGGCUUCGGCGACAAAGGUAGAGGGUUCGGUCGAGACGCCAGACUCCGUGGAAUCCCUGAACGUUCACCAUCUCCAACCACCCAGUCGAACCACUGACAGCGGCUACGACACCGAGAACCUGGAGUCGCCUGAGUGGAGCUCCCAGCCUGUUGACCAAGAGGAAGCUGGGCCGUCCCCAGUCGCCCCAGAGGUCAUUGUGCUGGAGGCAGAGAGUACUUUGGACGCAGAGGAGGGCAUGUCCACUUCUAGCCCUGCUCCCAUGGAAGAGCCCCUUGCCCUCGGAAAUCAGAGCCAUCGGGACUCCGCCUACUUCUCCGACAAUGAGUCAGAGCCAGAGAAGAGGCUGGAGGAGAACGGCACAGGCGACCCCACUGGCAGCAUGCCCUGGCAAAUGGACGAUUCGAGGCCCAGUGGCGAAACUAGCGACGUCCUGGCGCCCAGCAAGGUAGGGGAGGACGACACGGGGUGCCCAGAGCCCCAGGGCGAGGUCCCACUGGAGCCCGAAAAACCCUGCAGCUGGGACAGCGUUCCUGAGCUGGUGCUCACCCCAGCAGACUCUGCCCAGGGAGGGGCGGGUUCCGUCCGCAGCUGUGAGGAGACAGGAGAGCAGUCCAAGCUCGGGGGCGGGGAGGAGCCCCAUCCAGCCGGACGUGCUGGGCCUCCCUCCCCCUCUCUGCCAGAGGCCCACGAGGGCGCCUUUCACGCCAAGCUCGUCCGCACGCACGCGGGGGCGGGGCCGGGGCCCAGACUCAGGGAGCGGGAUGUGGAGGGGCGGUACCUGGUCGCCGGGGGCGACGGGGCCGAGGAUGGUUCGGAGGCAGACGAGGAGGACGAGAACAGCGAGGAUUCGGACGAUGAGGACAUGCAGGCAUACCGCCUGCACAGCUCCGCCUCUGACAGCGACGACGAGCCCCUGCCACCCGCCCCCGUGGUCAUCAUGGACACCAGCCACGCCCACAGCCUCAGGAGCCUGCUGAAAGCUGCUACCCCUUCGUCAGCGGCUGCCGAUGCCCACUCUCUGCCCAGGAAGAAAGCAGUCUCCUUCUUUGAUGAUGUCACCCUGUACCUCUUUGACCAGGAGAUUCCCACUAAAGACCUGGGUGACCACUUCUCUGAAUCCUCCAGUCAGGUGUCAGAGUUCGGCAGCCCAGCCCCCCCCUCCAGCCUCUUGAACAGACUCACCAACUCAGAGAGCUCCACCGAUGAAGAGGGUGGCACGUUCGAGUGGGAUGACGACUUCCCAUCCCCAGAAUCUUCCUUCAUCUCCAAGGCAACCGGAGAUGUAGACAAGUCGAAGGCACCUCCUGCUGUGGCCUCGCAGUACUUCUCCCCGCCCCCUCCAGACCACGCCCCUGAGCCGAGCUGGCCACGCCCUUCCACCUUUUCCCGCUUCUCCAUCUCCCCAGCCAGCAUUGCCAACUUCUCCCUCACUCACCUGACUGACUCUGACAUGGAACAAGGCAACAGUGACGGGGAGAAGGAGUAGCACGUGAGGAAAGUAUGUCCUGCAGAGGAGGCGGGCCAUCAGGCCGGUACCUAGUUCUGAUGACCAGGGGCCUUUUCCCCACGGCCUGCUAGGAUGAGUACAUCACCAUUAUGAUGGCGGUAGCCAAGCGGACAUGGAGGGACCAGCCCCUCUUUGCAUAAACUCCGCCCACCUGCCCACACCCAGGCCAAUGAGCCAAACCUGGGCUGGGACAAUCAAAACUUUCAAAAGAAAAUAUACAGAUAUAUUUUUUAAUGUUUGUUUUUUCUUGGUUUAGAAAUCUAAAACCUUGCAAGAGGAUGUUCUGGCAUGAGACAAAGAAGGUAUGCGUUGCCCGAAGCUAACGUGCUAACGGGCUGCGGCUCAUGCCUCAGAAGGACAGAGCAAAGCUUUGGCAUCAGUGAACCACAUGCAUUCACGCCACAAACUGGACUUGACCACAAGGCUCGAGAAUCUUGCAAAGGCGUCUGUCUCUAAUCCACUGUAUUUUUCUGUAAGAAGUCUUUAUUUUUAUACACUCAGGAGUUAUGAACAAAGGAGAAGUGACUGAUUAGUGUUCACCAGAGCAUUUCUGGGAUUCAUCGUCUCUGGGAAUGGAGAAAUGAUUCUCACACACUGCUGUAACUUACAGACUAGUUUCUCCCAGCAACUUGUCCUCAACCAUCAACUUCACCCACAGAGAUGGGAAGAUUGGCAAGCAGCUGCUGGACUGGUGAAGAAGAUUGUGUUUGCACACAAGCCAGUUUCAAACCCAAGCUGUAACCUUUCGUCCCAGGCAAAUUAGCCUGCCGCAAAGCAUUAUGGGACAUCUGUGACAAAACAGUCCGAGUCUGGGCUGCAGCAGUGGUGUUCACUCUUGCAUUUGGUGAGCCACAGAGUGUGUUGGCUUUGGUUUUCACCAUAGCCAGCAACCAGUUCAGAGCCACAGAGCCAGUUGAGGUAGUGUUCACAGUUGUGUGAAAAACCUCUGAAGCAAUUCAGUGCUGCCCUGUGCACUCUGUAGCUGUCUAAUGCUGGGCAAGAGUGAAUACUACUGUAAUACUGGAACAACCUUCUUACCACAUCCCAUCACAGAGAAUUAUGGGAUAUCUGUGUGGAGUGUGUCACAUGACCUCAGGAUCCGCAUCAGUAGAUGCGGUGCAGUGUGUUGUGUGGAAAAUGAAUCAAGCAGUUCUUGAUUUCCCGAGUGGAUUGUCUAAAGUAUUUUUAAGAGUAAGAUAGCAACCAGCUGCUUUUGGGAAAAGCAGAAACCCUUCAGUGCCCUGUGAAAAUGCUAAAAUGGAAAUGAAUCAUGAGCAUGUCUGAAAUCAAUGUGACUGAUCUAAAAUGGCAAAAUACAGAGCUGCAUAUAAUGGAAAUAUGUAUCAGUUAUUGCCAGUUUAUUGUGUACAUAUUUUAAUACACAUAAAAUUUAUGUAACAGUGCCCAUGCAUUUGUAAUGUAUAUACUCUCCAUGUGAAAGUACACAUGAAAGUGGCAGUAAGUGAUUUUUUUAUAUACACUGUAGAUUUUAGUGUGUUAAAACAAAUCUCUUGAAUCUUUCUAUUUGAAUCUGGAUCUUUAUAUUUUUUCAGUGAAAUUGAAACUCGACCUGUGCAACGAUCGUAUUGCACAGAACCACCAUGUUCCUCACCAUCUCAUUGGCUGGGUGCCAUGUGAAGGGAACCAAUCUUCUCUAAGCAUCAGCGUAUGAUUUGUCGCAUAGCCUGAGAAGCGAUGAGGGGAUAUAGCAUGGUUGGCUACAGAUUGUGAUUUCAAGAGAUUUACUGUUUUUAUUUUGUACGAAUGAAGGAUUUACAGCGAAGCAAAACCAAGAAAGAAAAAAAAAAAGUAAAAGCCACCCAGUCGCACAUCCUGACCUCACCCGUUUCCUCCCUGUUCAUCAUGCUGCUUGCUGAUUGGCCGCUGUUCACGGUGAGACACAGGAAGAAAGGGGUUUCUUCGAAAAGCCGGAAUGUAAUACGAGCAGAUGUGGUGUACAGAGCUCUGGUGCAAAGGAGAAUUUAUUUGGUUUGAUUUGUUUUUUUUUGUGCUGGUGCGUAUGGCGCUUCAGUGGAAACGUAGCCGUGCCUGAACAUUCGUAUUCACACGUGGUGCCGUGCCUGAACAUUCGUAUUCACACGUGGUGCCGUGCCUGAACAUUCAUAUUCACACGUGGUGCCGUGCAGGCAUCUUAGCGUCUGUGAAAUCACAACAUGCUGCUAUAGCCUCACUGGAACGGUGGAAACCCAGGAGAGCCUCAGAGGCCGUUUUUUAUUUGUUCGCUGCCUGCCGUCCCCUCCCAAUAGCCCCGCCCCCUGCCCUGCUCUCCGAUAUCAUUGAAGACUCAAGUGUGGAUGUGCGGUGGGAUUUGAGGGGCUGCAGGGCAGAGGGAUGGCCUCACUGUGUCUCUUUCUUUGUCUCUAAAUUCACUGUGUGGACUAAGCUGGGGUGGGGGUCAUGGGUCACUGAUAUUCUGAGUGAGUCGCUGCACUGCGUUUCAGAAGCACAGACUGAGGGUCCGCAAAUUGAGCUUGUCAGAAUCUCAAUACGUAUGUUUGCAUACUAGACAUUGACAAGUUCAGUUCGAUGACUGUUUGAUUACACAAGUGUAAAUAUAUUACAUGCACAUCUAUGUGUACCGUAUGUGCAUAUAUAAAAUAUCCAUAUAUGUACGUACAUGUAUAUUGUUGAAGCUCUGGUCAAAUUGAUCAGAGUCAGUAACGCUCGAUUGGUCAGACUCAGUAACGCUUGAUUGGUCAGACUCAGUAACGCUUGAUUGGUCAGACUCAGUAACGUGCAGUCGGUUAGAGCCAGUCAUUUGUGGUUGACUCACAGAGGAAUCCCAAAGAUUACAAAGUGAUGAGCACUUAACGUGCCCCAUUAUCAGAUUUGUAGCUAAUAUAUGCCAGUCACUGUAUUUGAAGAAAGGUAAAUCUUUGUACCAACAACCUGUGCUAAAGUCAAACUUGAAUUGUCACUGAAAGAAAUUCUAUGAUUUUACUUUUUCAGCAUUUGCUUAAUAUUGCACAUUUGGGAAGUGUAACUUAAUGUCAAAUUGUAUUGGCGUAUAUAAAUGUUUAAUUUUGGUCUGUAAACAGGGAAAUUCUGUAAUCAAGUCUUAAGUAUGACAUUUCAAUUUGUAAUGUAAUUUAAAUUACAUUGACUGAACUUAUGGAGUUAAAGAAACGCAUAAGCAAUUAAAUUAUAAAUACAAGAAGAAAUGAGACUAUGCAGGUCAUCCUGCUCUUAAUACCUUCAUGUAAAAUAUAAAAUAUAAUAUUUUUACUUGAUAUCAAUGAUCAUGCAUAAUGCAAUUGAAUUGUUUAUAAUUAAAAUAUACUGUUUAUUUAACAUUGAGAAUAAAUUAAAAUGUACUUCUAUGUUA